AGUCACAUGAGUAAAGGCGGAAGUGAGCCUUUUUUUGGUAGAAAAACAAAACAUUCGGGGGUGGUGUUGAGUUAGACGGGGUGGACUAACGUUACUCAGGUCUGCUGCAGUGGUUUCAUAAUCUCUGCCGUAGAACUCGACAGCUACACCCGGGGUUUGGCACGAUGCUGAGCGCCGCCGCCGCGGAGAGGAACAAGGAGCCCAUCCUGGCGGUGCUCCGGGAGAGCGUUAACACCGGGAGACCCCUGCAGGCUCUGGAGAUCUCCUCCGGCACCGGGCAGCAUGUCUCACACUUCGCUCAGGCCCUGCGGAAUAUAACCUGGCAGCCCUCAGAGUAUGACCACCAGUCUCUAGACAGUAUAGAAGCGUACAGAGCUCGCUACCAGCUGAACAAUGUGAAGCCCGCCAUCCACCUGGAUGCUUCUCUGCCCCAUCAGUACUGGGGAGGGAUCCAGCCAGAGAGCCUCGACCUAGUGGUCAACAUCAACAUGAUCCACAUUUCUCCAAUCGCGUGUACAGAGGGUUUAUUCAAAGGGGCCGGAGCAGUGUUGAAGCCGCAAGGUCUUCUGUUGACAUAUGGGCCCUAUGCAGUGAAUGGUCAGAUCACUCCACAAAGCAAUGUCGACUUUGACUACAGCCUACGGCAGAGGAAUCCAAAGUGGGGACUCAGGGAUAUUUCCCUCCUGAGCUCUUUAGCACAAAGAAAUGGUUUAUUCCUGGAGAAAAUUGUGGACAUGCCAGCAAACAACAAGUGUCUUCUGUUCAGGAAGGAGAGUUUGGUGUGAAGUGUCCCGUUGUUCCUUUUCUGGAUGCAGACCACUUUUGGAGCAGGAUGGUCAAAGCGCCUUAAGUUACACUUGAAGCUCAGAUACAUUGCCAGAUUUUCCAGAACUGUAAAUGAACCAUGUUUCUCCAUACUCUAAUACACACUGACAUUAGAUGAAACAAUUUGAUCUGAACUGUUAUACUGUAAUCUAUGAAACACAAUAUUGCACACUUGGGUAAAAUUUAUAAGGCUUAUAGAUAUGUUGCUUGUGUACUACAUUUAACUUAGGAUAGCCUCCUACUCUUUUUUUUAAUUUCUUCACUCAGUUUGCAGAGACUGUCGGUAAAACUAAGUUAGCAGAAGUGCUUUGCAGAGAGAUGUAACAGAGAAUGUGUUGUACAUUAGAUCUUGAAAGUAUAUAUAACAACACAAGGGAAUCUAUAUAAAACACCUCUGUAAAUGAGUAAUAUAGAGAGCCCAAUAUAAAAUAAACAUAAUACAAUAAAACAGAAAAAAAAGCAAUAUAUAGGUAAUGUACUGUAGGUGUCUAUUUCUUUAGCAUCACAAGCUAGGCAUUUUUGCAAAUUGAUCAACUUGUGUUGUUGCUAUUCUGGCUACCAUCUUAUUUUCCACAAUACAAACAAACAAGUCAAAAGAAAGACUAUCUAUAUUUAAACUUAUUUAAAAAGAGCAUUUCAGCAUUGGUAUAAAUGGGCUCAUAACACAUCUGGAAUGUAGUACAACAUGUGUUGUAAUGAAUAUAUAUUGUACAUACAAAUGAUUUCUCACAACUUCAUUAACAUACAGUAUUUUUGU